UCUUUCGUCUCUUUACAAAUCUUUCCAUCUAUUCUCGUAACGCCCAGAAGUCAUUCAUUCCAGUUUCCGAAUUCAUAUAGAACGACGACGUUUACGCACAAUUGUUUAGCAGCAUAGUCGAUCGUCACUGUCACAGAGCUGUUUGCCUUUGGAUCUCAGUUUUUCUGAGUCUUUAAUCUUCUUUUUGUACCAGAAUCUGACAAGUUCCGCCAUGGAUUUAGGUUGUAUUUCUCUGUUGGGAAAGCAAAGCAACGGGGUCUUUGUUGAUCCAGAGAGGACGGUCGAAAAUGUGGAAGAGUCUGCACCGAUAACCACGAAGCUUGGAAAGAGUAGAGUGUCAAAAGAGAUCGGUCAUUCAACUCUAAAUUUUGUCAACAAAUCUACAACGCAGAUUAAGAAGCCUUCACACCGUAAAAGUUCUCCUCUCAACUGGUUCCCUCGGAAAAAAACAGACUCUUACUUGGAGAGGAAAAUAAAGCUUCUGCAGGAAGUAGAUGGCAUGAAUUCUUCCACUCUUGAUGAAACUCUGGGUGAUUCAAAUCCUCACUAUUCAAGAGUUCUGAGAGAAAAAAUAGCAGCCAGAGAAGCUGCACAGAAGGCUGUGGAAGCUCGUAAAGCUGCAUUGGUGGAAGCUUCUUGGUGUAGAAUACUUCGAGCUGCCAGGAUCGAAAGCAAAGAAGCAGAAGUCCUCUUGCUGAAAGCAGAGAAGAAUGUAGCUGAAGCUUUUGAGGUAGCAACAGCAAUGGGAGUGAUCAUGUAUGACAGACAAGAUUGCCCUCAAAAGCCAUGUGAAAUGGAUACAUCCUCGGUUAACAGAGGAGGAUCUACUACCCAUACAGUUACAGCAUCUCUUGAAACUGCAUUUGAGGUAGAUAAAGAAGUUGCAGCUGCAGUCAAGACUGCAUUCAUCCGGCUAGCCCAUUUCCGUUCUUCCUUGAAUAAGGAUGAAUUCAAGGAUCUUCUCCGAAAGAUCAGUCAGAAUCCAGAUACAAAUGAAAUCAAUCAAGAGUUACCAGACUUAUCCUUAGAAUGUGAAUCAGAUACUGGAUCUGAACCAGAAUCUGAAUCUAAUAAAGAUGCUCUUAGUUCUCAAGGCUUAAAUGGUAAGAUACCAAAUGCUUUGAGAGAAAGAAAGUGCAAGAACCAGCAGCUACCUCAAAAUAUCAAUAUGGUGAAACUUGUUGAUAUGAUGUUUGACAGGCUCAAGUGCUUACAGGAAGAUGAGCUUGCUUCUCUUGCAACUAUAGUUGCGACUUGUGGAUUGAAUGCUGUUCUGAUGGAAGUGGAAAAUAGCAAACAGAAUAUGGAAUACUUCGUGGAUGGGCAGAUGAGAAGGAAACAACUUGGGACAGAACUUCCAAGUCUAGACAAGUUUUUGGUGAAACACAUGUCAAGACUUGAAAAAGAGGUACAAGAAGCUAAAAACACAAAAUCUGCUGAGCCCAAGGAAGCAUUAGAAAAUAACCCAGUGGGAUCAGAGGACAGACUGGAUAAUCUGAUCAGUAAUGUAACUUCAUCUGAAGCUGUCCCAGACUUGGGAAGUAUUCUAGUUAAGCAUUCUUCAAAGCUAAAGAAGGAGAUUGAAGAGGCAAAAAAUAAAUCAAGAAAAGCAUCUGAAGAGGAGUACAACGGAUUAGUAAGUAUGCAAGAUGGGCUGACCCAUCAAAGGAAAAAAGAUGUGCCAGAUGUCCCGAGCUUAGAUAAGUUUCUAGUGAAGCAUGUCUCAAGACUCGAAAGAGAGGUUCAAGAAGCCAGGAAGACAAGAACUAACCACCUGAUGAUGGAAGGAAGAAAACUGGGUAAAGAAAAUAUGGAUUCCAACAAUGAAAAUGGGUCAAAAGAGACAAGAGGUGGUCUUGACAGCAUUUUGGUGAAGCGAGUCCACAGGUUGGAAAGGGAAAAGAUGCAAUCAGGAAUCGAUUAUGGGACCCAAAAGAAACAAGGAAGAACCAAUGUUGCAGAUUGUGAGAGCUUGGAUAAGAUCCUUGUAAAACAUGUCCCUAGACUUGAGAGAGAAAAAAUAGGACUAGGUAAAAAGGAAGAAGUUGUGAAAGGAGGCAGGUGGAGACAUCCAAAUAUUGAGAAAAGUGAGGGUGGACUGGAACAAAUCUUAGUGAAACACCAGUCAAGACUUGAAAAGGAGAAGUUGGCUGCUGCCCACCAAUCAGGAGAAGAUCAGGGACGACGUUUUGAAUCUCUUCGAGAAGCAAGGGAGAGGGAUUUGCGAGAAGCAUGGGGAGGCUUGAGCUUAGGAAAUUCCAUGCGUCCUCACUUAUCGAGACUUGAACGUGACAAGGCUGCUUGGAGAGCUGAAGAGGAGGAGCAGACACAAGCUUGUGGGGAAAAAUGAAAAUAUUUCUAUUUGUUCUGAUUCUGCCAUAACCAAACAUCCAACCUGUAAAGCAUUUUUUGCUGAAAUCGUUGUUCAAAAUACCAUAUGUAAGCUGAAUGAAUACAUGAGCUUGAACAUUGUUGAAUU